UUAGCAUCUGAGAGAAUCACUUGAACCAGAAAGCGAAGCUGCGAAGACGACCUCUCCAGCUUAGACUUAGAGAGAGAGAGAGAGAGAGAGAGAGACAGCAACAAGGAAGUUGGAAGCUUCAAUCCUUUUCUUAAAAGGAAAUCUUUUUUUUUUGAUAUUUCUUGCGUUUUAAAUUCGUAAUUUCCAUCGUUGAGCUCCAUGGUGAAGAUCAUGGCGAGCUACAUGAUUAGAGCUUGUGGCAUAGUGUAGGCUUGCUGAGCCUGCUCUCUUAUUUCCUUUGUAGUUUGGCGAUUUUUCUUUAUAGCUCCUUCUUCUUCUACUUUUCUUCUUUCCAUUCUCUAUAUUCGGUUCUCCUUACUCGGAUGGGAUGCCGGAAAAUGGUAGCUGGGAAUUUGGAGCCGGCGAGGAAGAGGAGUGGUGGUUUGAGAACGAAACAAGCAGGAAGAGGAUCGUGCCGUGGGAGUUAGACCGGAAAGAGGCCGCCGGAUAAUGUACUGGAUCCGGCAGUGAGGUACUGUUCGUUGUUUCAGUUGCUUGCGUUAGUUGGUUCUUAUAUUAGAGAUUUCGAUUUUGCCGCUGGGGGGAUGGGGCUUUUGUUGAAAGAAGCUCUGAAGUGUCUCUGCGGCGUGAAUAGAUGGUCGUAUGCGGUUUUCUGGAAGAUCGGCUGCCGGAAUCCGACGCUUUUGGUUUGGGAGGAAUGUUAUUACGAGCCUGCACGGCUUUCUGCUUUUCCAGGCAUUUCUGGAAACGAGGGCACAGAACUACUCAGUAAGGAAUGGGAAGGGCUUGGGAGUGCUUCGGAAGGUCAGCCCUCUCGGCCUCAAGUGGAUGAUAGAGUCUGUUCCCUCGUUAACAAGAUGAUAAUUAAUGGUCAGGUUCAUGUUGUAGGGGAAGGAAUUGUUGGAAGGGCUGCUUUUACAGGAGCUCAUCUAUGGAUUCUUCCGGGAAACUGCUUGGGAGUAGCCCAUCCAUCGGAGGUUAUGGCUGAGGUUCACCAUCAGUUUUUAUCUGGCAUGCAGACAAUUGCAGUUAUUCCUGUACUUCCACAUGGUGUUGUUCAACUUGGUUCCACCCUCACGAUAAUGGAGGAUAUGGAAUUUGUAGAUAGUGUGAAGAGCUUGUUCCUGCAAUUAGGUGGUGUUCCUGGUGCACUUUUAUCUGAUAGCUACAUGAAGCUUGAUCCUGGAAAAAAUAUUGGAGCCAUCACCUCUCUUGAAACCCAUGUCUUGUCUGAACCAGCUAGGGGUUCAUCAUCUAAAAUGGAAAAGUUCGCACCACUUAAUGGUGACAACUGCAACCAACAGAUAGCCAUAUCUCGGGCUUCAAAAAUUGUUAGUCAUCCAUCUCACUCAUUAAGUACACAAGCUCAGGAUAACAUGCAAGCUAAUGCUUUACCAUCACAAAUACCCCUUACCAUGAUUUCUCCUGUGGCCAAAUCUUUUAAUGUCCUUGUCCAGUCAAACAUUUUUCCAUCAUCGAAUGCAGAUCUUAUUCUGAGAAGUCAACUAGAAACCAGAGCACUAGGUUCCCAAGUGAUCCUCUCUAGUUCAGAUGGAACAUUAAAUCAGCAGGCUUCUGCUUACUAUACAAGAUCUGGACCUCAUCACAAACCUACUGGUGGCCAAUCAGGUGUAACUGAUAAUGGUCUUACAUUUUUGGAACAACAGAUCCUGUCAAAUAGUGGAUUACUGGAGCCUGUAAACAACCGAUCAUCUGUGUCCAGUAACAUUAGUUCACAGAUAAGGAUAAAUGGAGAUUUACCCCCUGAUUCUCUGAAAGAUUCUGUUGUUACCUCAUUGCUUGGAGGACGUGAGUUACCUAAUGCUGGAUGUGGCCUGCAGACGCUAACAUCAGUUCCAUGUAGAAAUGUUGACAGCAAUUCCUCUUGCACACCUCAAGAGGGAAUUGGUUUUCAGUUUGGUAAUUCAUCUAAUACAGGUGUGGUUCUAUCAUCCAACCAGGCAAAUCUAUUGAAUAGUGGUGAGGUGCUUCCUGGUGGUUCCCAUCAAGGCCAUUCCACUGUUGCUGUUGAUAAACGUAGCAAAGCUGAACUCCCUGCAAGACUACAGGGAGUAGAGAAUGAUUUAUUUCAAGCCCUUGAUCUCCCAGCAGUCCAUCCAGAGGAGAACCUUUCUAGGUCUGGGUCUACACCUGGUUUUCUUCAAGAGUGCUUGGUGAGUGGUCAGAAACAUGAUAAGAAAAUCCCAACAUCCCAAGGUACUGUUUUUGAAGAUGUUUGUGUUCAACCUGCUUCAGGGGAGGACUUGUUCGAUAUCUUGGGUCUAGAUUUUAAGAGCAAAUUGGCAUGUGGUAGUUGGAAUGAUUGUCUUAUUAAUGGAUCAGAUGCAUCUUUAUGGAGUUUUGGUACAGAUUCUUCCGUGUGCAUAACUGAGCUCGAUGCUGGUUCUAAUUUUUAUUCAGUGAAUGAUGGGGUCUCACAGGGUGGAAUCUUCUCUGAAACCAGGUCUGACCAUCUGUUGGAUGCUGUAGUAUCAAAGGUUCAUUCUUCUGCCAAUCAAAAUUCAGAUGAUAAUGUGUCAUGUCGGACAACAUUGACAAAGAUAAGUAACUCUUCAAUCCCUACAGAUUCCUCGUGCAGCAGGGUUGGUCUGCCUGAUAAAACGAAAGUUGAAAUGUUUGGUCUUCCUCCAACAGCUUCUAAAUCAGAGAUGGUGGGAUCAAGCUCUUUUAAAUCUGGAUGUAGCAAGGAUAAUGCUGAGGAAUCUCAAGUUAAUUCCAUGUAUAGAUCACCAAUCAGUUUAUGGGUUGAAGACAGUCGUAAUUUAAAGCAUGAUAAUAGUAUUUCAACCGCACAUUCUAAAAAGCCAGAUGAAUUAGUGAAACCAAAUCGUAAAAGGCUUAGACCAGGGGAGAACCCUAGACCUAGGCCUAAAGAUCGUCAAAUGAUCCAAGACCGUGUGAAAGAAUUAAGGGAAAUUGUACCAAAUGGAACAAAGUGUAGCAUCGAUGCUCUACUAGAACGCACCAUCAAGCACAUGCUUUUCUUGCAAAGUGUGACAAAGCAUGCAGACAAGCUAAAACAAACUGGGGAGUCCAAGAUUAUCAACAAGGAAGGUGGUCUACUCUUGAAGGACAACUUUGAGGGAGGGGCAACAUGGGCAUUUGAAGUUGGUUCACAGUCUAUGAUCUGCCCAAUCAUUGUAGAGGACCUAAAUCCACCUCGUCAAAUGCUUGUCGAGAUGCUUUGUGAAGAACGAGGAUUGUUUCUAGAGAUAGCUGAUAUAAUUAGAGGGUUGGGAUUGACCAUUCUGAAGGGGGUGAUGGAGGCUCGAAAUGACAAGGUCUGGGCACGCUUUGCAGUAGAGGCAGACAGGGAUGUUACAAGGAUGGAAAUAUUUCUUUCGCUGGUUAGCCUGCUAGAGCAAACCGUUAAAAGCGGUUCCACAGCAGUCAAAGGCAUUGACAAUGGCAAUAUAAUGGUGCGGAACACUUUCCACCAAGCUUCCAUUCCUGCAACUGGUCAUGCCGAUGGCCUGCAGUGAGCUUUCUCAUACUAUAGUUCUCUUGAUUCCAGACAUGUUGCGAGCGGGUUUGGUUUUUGUCUGCCAUGACAAGCAUGUCUCUCAGGUGGUUCUAACACAUAGUCACUGACUAAUAUAUUUAGCCUUUCGUGAACCCAACGCUAACCGACCUCUGAGGGAAGCAGCUGUUUAGGUUGGCCCAAGUUCCUCAUCACUCGUCAGUAUGAAGUGGGGCAUAACUGUAUGUGGAUGGGAUAUUCAAAGGUUUUCAGACCCUGAAAAGUGAAGACUUACAUCCAUACUGGUAAAAGGUACCCCGAGGUUCUUGACUUGCGUAGUGGGUGCCUUUGUUGUUUUGCCUUUUUUUUUUUUCAAUUUUAUCCAGGAGUAAGGUAAACGGGAGAAGGGGUUGUUUUUCUUUCUUUCCUUUUUUUUUUUUCUGUUUUUUUCUUUUCAAUGGAGGAAAUGAGCGAAUCCGAAGGUGUUUGAUGUAGUUUUGGGGGAACAAACUUGUUAUACGCUUGCUUGUAGGUGUGUGGUUAUAUAAUGUAAAGAGGGAAAAGUGGGAUAUGAAAUGAAGAAGAGAUGAGGCCUGUAUUUUAUCAAAGCCUCGGCUCUCUAGUCUUUUAGGUGCCUUCAAAGGUUUUUCUUGGAUCAGCAUUAGCCUCUC